AUGGCUCUUACCAAGACAGAGCAGAAUAAUUUGAAAGCCAUUAUUGGCUCAUCAUACAACAAGCUAUAUUCCCAGUUCAUGUCUGAUGACCUUACAGAAGUGGGGAACUACAGAAUUUUACGCCAAAUAGGAGAAGGGAGUUUUGGGAAAGUCUACCUGGCUCAUCACUUACCUACGCAUCGGAAAGUAGUUUUAAAAUCCAGUGCCAAAUCUGACCCAAAUGUAGUUCGUGAAGUUUUUUACCAUAGACAAUUUGAGUUUCCUUAUAUUACAAAACUUUAUGAGAUUAUUGUCACAGAAACAAAAGUUUGGAUGGCUCUAGAGUAUUGUCCCGGGAAAGAAUUAUAUGAACAUCUUUUAAGAUUGCAUAGAAUCCCAGUAGAUGAAUGUUCGCGUCUAUUUGCUCAAAUAUCAGGUGCAAUGUAUUAUGCUCAUUCCUUGAACUGUGUUCAUAGAGAUUUGAAAUUGGAAAAUAUCUUAUUAGAUAAAGUCGGUAAUGCUAAAUUAACAGAUUUCGGAUUCACAAGAGAAUGUGCCUCUAAGAAUAUAUUAGAAACUAUAUGCGGCACUACAGUGUACAUGGCACCGGAGUUAAUUAAGAGAGAAAGAUAUGAUGGUUUCAAAAUAGACGUUUGGUCAUUGGGAGUUAUCUUAUAUACUCUAUUGAAUGGGUUUAUGCCAUUUGAUGAAGAACAACAAAAAAAUACUGAGUGGAAAAUUGUUAAUGAAAUGCCGUCAUUUGAUUCUACACUGUUGGGUCCAGAUGCAGUGGAUUUGUUAAGCAAACUAUUGGCCAAAGAUCCAAUUGAUAGACCAUCCAUGAAAGAAGUUCUAGAACAUCCAUAUUUACAACCGUAUGGUAAUGUUAUGUUAGAACAAGCAGAUAAUAUUCUUUAUAAGCAACGCAAUAAUCUAUUGAAAUUCCAUAGUAAAUUAGAAAAAAAAUUAUUGAAGAGGCUACGGCAAACAGGGGUAGAUACUCACUCCAUGAAGCAUUCUGUUCAAAAGAAAAAAUGUGAUUCAUUGUCUGGAACUUGGCUCUUAUUGCUAGAAAAGGAAAAACAACGAAGGAAAAAAAAUAUGACAGCUCCAAAGAAAACAAAAUCUGUCUUAUCUUUGACUAAAGUUUUUGAUUCAAAUACCUCUCAUGAUAUUUUACAAUCAAAGACAAGUUUAUUGUCUGUUUCAAACUUUGAAAAGAUCUUGGAUGAAAAGGAGACUGAAGAGGUCGUCUCAGUUACUGUCACCGGUUCUGCAUCUGCUUCCGGAUCUAGCACUACAAAGGAAGAUACCCUAGACACUGAAAAAGUCGAUGAGCCAAUUUCAAAAGAUGAAGUAAGUGUCACGCCAUCUACAGUAGCUACAACUCGUUAUUCUACAGCAGCUUCAAGUGAUAAAUCAAGUCCCAUACGAUUACAUUCACAUCAUCAAAAAUCAGCUUCUGCAAGUAACGGUACUACUAGAGUAAAUACAACUUCCAUGACAAGAAUCAGUACCCCCCUGAAAAAUAGUACUACUCCUUUGAAACACGGUACUACCCCUUUGAGAAGUAAUAGCUCAUUAAAAAAUGAACAUGAAUCUAAGGCCAAUAUUCUAUUUACAAAAGUUCAAAAUUUUUUUAAACAAAAGAAAAUAAAAAAAAUUACUUCUCUUGAUAACGAUAAUCAUCAUCGUCAUCCUUCUAGUCAUCUAUUAGCAUAUCAUCAAAAUGAUGAUGAACAUAAGAGUAAUGUCAUUAUUAGUAGAGCUCAAUCUGCUAAUAAUAUACCGAAAGUCCGUCCCUCUGCAUAUACAAAGUACGCCACUUCUGAAAUUGUGUUACACAAGAUAAAUCAAGAUUCUUCCUCUUACAAAAAAAGAUUAAAUAGAUCAGAUUCUUCAGAUUCGCCUUCAAAAUCACAGCAUAGUUCUAUUGAAGUCAAUGGCAAAGAAAACAUUCCGCCUAAUACAACAACGCCUAAUCAUAGUGAAUCGAAAAAUACUACAAAACCUAAAUUGAAGAAAUUUAAAUCUAUAGCAUCAAGUGAAAUAUCUAUUCAAACGUCCACCGGUGGAGAUUAUGAUAGUGAAUCAACUACAAGGAAAAAAUAUUCAAGUCAUGAUGCUAUUCAAUCUCCAGUUUCACUUCCUGCUGUACGACCUUUAUCAAGUAUUUCUCAACAUUCAAAUGAUACCUAUUUAUCAGACUAUUCAACCGACGGUUAUAAUUCUUCCAAAUUGUCAGACAGUUCAAAAUUUGCAUUGGGUUCUAAGGCAAUGUCUACAGAACUCUCUCAAGGAUCUACAGGUGCCAAAAGAUUCCCCAGAAGAGAGUUAAGCAUCAUAUCAAAUACUUCUAGUACUUCUGAAAUGAGCUCCAGAAAUGAUUCUUUUUAUGAUAUAGCGACAGCAACUACUCCAUUUGCUGGUAAUUCGAGUUUGAAACGUCCGUUUGGUAAAGAUCCUAUGUCCACUAGAUUUGAUACUCAAAGAUCAUGGCUACCGACAGGUGGUGCUACUUCUCGUGUUAGAAGAAAUGGUAGUUGGAGAAGACGUAAUCAAAACAGAUUGUUACCACAUUCGAAUAGUAGAACUCAAUUUGCAAUUCAAGAAGAAAUUUCCUCCAGUGAUGAUAAUGACUCUAAGCCAAAAGAAGAUCGGAUGUUUUCAACAACGCCAGUGUUAUCUCGUUUGUCUCCUCAUGUAAAACCGGAUAUUGUUCUUUCUGAUACAGAAAUGACUCGUAAAUUAUCACCAUCACUUUUAUAUCAUUUUGAUUCUGAUAAUGAGCAUGAACAUACUCGAAGGUUUACUCCCUUAGGGACUUUUCAUGGUUUUGGAGAGGAGAGCGAAUGGGAGAAUUUUGAUGAAAGAAACGAAGAAGAUUCAAAAUCUGCUAUCUCCCCUGCUGAUGAUGAAGCUUCUAUAAUUAAUGAAGAAAAGGAUGACAACAUCCAUUGUGCUUUGCCCGAAGAAAAAAUUACUUAA